AUGCGAAAAACGCUGAAAAUUCUGAAUGCCACGUGUCCCUACAGUUCACCGCUGGAGAAUUUGGCGAAAAUUCGAAGUUUCGAGCAGAUUCCUGGACCCAGAAAUGUACCGCUGAUUGGAAGUUUUGAGAAUUUGAAGUUUGCGAUCGGAGCUGGUGAGUUUUUGGGUUUUGAAACAGGAAAUUUUGAAUUUGGCGCCAAAAAAUCAGGAUUUUCUCGCAGACCAAAAAACGAUUGAAAAUUACACGGGCUAUCUUCAAUCACUCUACCAAAAAUACGGACCAAUUGUCAAAGAAAAUCUGGGAUUCGGCCGAAAAUAUGUUGUGCACAUUUAUGACCCGAAAGAUGCUCAAACCAUUUUUGGAGCGGACGGAAAAAUGCCAUUUAUUGUACCGCUUCAAGAGACUACACAGAAGUAUCGAGAAAUGAAGGGAAUGAAUCCGGGAUUGGGAAAUUUGUGAGGAGAUUUUUGGGGUGGGGUGGUUUUUGGAUGAAAAUUGCUGAAAAUUAAGGUUUUGUUGAUUUUCAGCGCAAAUUUUUGAUCUAGGAAAAUUCAAGGAAAAUUUACGUUUCAAAAAUUUUGUAUAAUUUCCCAGAAAUUGAGAAUUCGAUACAAUUCUUGUUAUUUGAGAAAAUUUGCGCUGAAAUCACUGAAAAUUGCUGAAAAUAAAUAAUUCCAUGAUUUCCAGCACAAAAUUUUGGUCUAGAAAAAUUCACGAAAAAUUCAUUGUUUCAAAAAAUCUGUAUAUUUUUUGAACUGUUUUUAGAAUUCGAUUAUGUUUUCCUCUAUAUCGAAAAUUUAGCGCUGAAUACCCUGAAAUCACUGAAAAAUGCUGAAAAUUAAUAAUUGCAUGAUUUUUACCACACAUUGUUGGUCUAGAAAAAUUCACUGUUUCAAAAAAUCUGUAUAAUUUUGUUCAAAUUUAUAGAAACUUGAUACCUGCGAGUAUUGUAAUCUCAAAAGCACUGAAAAUUGCUGAAAAUAAAUAAUCUCACGGUUUUAAGCGCAAAAUUCUGUUUAGAAAAAAUUUUCUAAAAAAAAAUGUACUGUUUCAAAAAUUAUCUAUUAUUUUGUUCGAAUUUACGAAAACUUCAUUUUACUUUUGCGCUGAAUUUCAAGAAAUCACUGAAAAUUGCUGAAAAAGGAGAAUUCCAUGAUUUUCAGCACACAAUUUUGAUCUUAAAAAAUUCAAGGAAAAUUUACGUUUCAAAAACUCUGUUUAUUUUUUUCAAAAUUUUCAAAAGUUGAUAUUGGAAUUAUUUGUACCCCUGGAAUUAUAUGUACCAUAAGAAGACUGAAAAUGAAUAAUUUCUUGAUUUUCAGCACAAAAUUUUGAUCUAGAAAAAUAUUUUCUUCAAAAAAAUAUACUGUUUCAAAAAUUUUGUAUAUUUUACAAAAUAAUUGAGAAUUUCAUGGUAAGGUGGUUGAUUCGAAAAUUUUGCACUAAAAUCACUGAAAAUUGCUGAAAAAGAAGAAUUCCGUGGUUUUCAGUGCAAAUUUUUGAUCUAGAAAGAAUUUUCUAAAAAAAAUAUACUGUUUCGAAAAUUAUCUAUUAUUUUGUUCGAAUUUAUGAAAACUUGAUUUCACUUUCCUAAGUUUAACCUGAAAAUCACUGAAAAUUGCUGAAAACUAAUAAUCUCACGGUUUUCAGCACGAAAUUUCGAUCUAGAAAAAUUCAAGAAAAAUUCACUGUUUCAAAAAUUCUUGUUAAAUUUUUCAAAACUUGAUUGUAAAACUAUUUCUAGCUCAGAAUUUUGCGCUGAAAAUCACUGAAAGUUAAUGAUUUUAUGAUCUUCAGCGCGAAAUUCUGAUGUAGAAAAAUAUACUGUUUCAAAAAUUCUGUAUAGUUUUGUUCAAAUUUAUGGAAACUUGAUAUUAACGGAAAUUUGCGCUGGGAACCACUGAAAAAUGCUGAAAAUCAAUAUUUUUAUGAUUUUCAGCGCAAAAUUCUGAUCUAGAAAAAUAUUUUCUAAAAAAAAUAUACUGUUUCAAAAAUUAUCUAUUAUUUUAUUUUAUUUUUGAAAACUUGAUGUCACGUUCAUAAAAUUUGACCUGAAAACCACUGAAAAUCGCUGAAAAUUCCUGAAAAUAAAUAAUUCCACGAUUUCAAGCACAAAAUUUUUUCUAUAAAAUUCACUGUUUCAAAAAUCUAUACUUCAAAUUCGUGCUGAAAACCCUGGAAUCACUGAAAAUUGCUGAAAAUAAAUGAUUUCAUGAUUUCCAGCACAACAUUUUGGUCUAGAAAAAUUGACUGUUUCAAAAAAUCUGUAAAUUUUUCCACGUUUUUUUAAAACUCAAUUUAUCUUCAUUUUUUAGUGCAGAAUUUUGCUCUGAAAACCCUAUAUCCACUGAAAAGUGUUGAAAAUAAAUAUUUUCAUGAGCUCACAAUUUUGAUCUAGAAAAAUUAAAGUAAAAUUUAAGAGGCAUCACUGAUGAGACCUCCUCUUUGCCGUCUGAUGAAAAGGUCGAAACGGCUUCCCUUGCGUUCUCUAUUUACUUAUCCACUUCUAUUUUAUUUAAUUUUCCCCUCUCUACUUUCUUUCUUUUUUUUCAAUUAGUUUCUCUUUCUUUAUUACGUUUCAAACAUUUUGUAUAACCCCUACAAUUUUGAGAAUAUAUUCCCAUGUAUAUUCCCGCGCUUAUUUUUUAAUUCAAGAGAAUAUAUGACCACUGAAAAUUGCUGAAAAUUAAUUUUUUCAUGAUUUUUAGCACACAAUUUUUGAUCUAGAAAAAUUGACUGUUUCAAAAAAUCUGUAUAAUUUUGUUCAAAUUCAUAGAAACUUGAUACUUCCGAAUAUUGUAAUAGGGCUGAUUCACGAACGAAAAAAAUGUUAAAAAAUGUUUUUUUAACAUCGAAAGAUCAAUUCACGAAAAGUCAAAAAAUGUCGAAAAAACAUUGUAGGUCAAAAUUAGUUUUUCGAGUUUUUCAGCCAAAAAUGAUGACAAAUCAAUAUUUUUCAAGCUUCUGGAGUAAUUUCUGAUGAAAAUAAGCUUCGAGAACCCUAUUUUGCUUUAUUUUAUGAUUUUUUUCGAAAUUCAUCAAAAUUCAAAAAUUUUUUAUUUUACGAAAAAUCAACAAAACCUUCUGGAAAGUGAAUUUCAAGGCCAAUUUUACUCAGAAAUUACUCCAGAAGCUUAGAAAAUCUCGAUUUGUCAUCAUUUUUGGCUGAAAAACUCAAAAAACUAAUUUUGACCUACAAUGUUUUUUCGACAUUUUUUGACUUUUCGUGAAUUGAUCUUUCGAUGUUAAAAAAACAUUUUUUGACAUUUUUUUCGUUCGUGAAUCAGCCCUAAUCUCAAAAUUGCUGAAAAUAAAUAUUCUCACGGUUUUCAGCGCAAAAUUCUGUUUAGAAAAAAAUUUCUAAAAAAAAUAUACUGUUUCAAAAAUUAUCUAUUAUUUUGUUCGAAUUUUUACGAAAACUCCAUUUUACUUUUGCGCUGAAUUUCAAGAAAUCACUGGAAAUUGCUGAAAAGAGAGAAUUCAAUGAUUUUCAGCACACAAUUUUGAUCUUAAGAAAUUCAAGGAAAAUUUACGUUUCAAAAAACUCUGUAUAUUUUUUUCAAAUUUUUCAAAACUUGACUGUCGAGUUUUUUGCUCAGAAAUUUGCGCUGAAAAUCACUGAAAAUUGCUGAAAAUUAAUCAUUUCAUAAUUUUUAGCACACAAUUUUUAUUUAGAAACAAUUUUCUAAAAAAAAAUAUACUGAUUCAAAAAUUCUUGUUAAAUUUUUCUCAAAUUUUUCAAAACUUGAUAUUGCUUUCAUGGUCAAUACUGAAAAUCACUGAAAAGUUCUGAAAACUAAUAAUCUCACGGUUUUCAGCACGAAAUUUCGAUCUAGAAAAAUUCAAGAAAAAUUUACGUUUCAAAAAUUCGUUAUAAAUAUUUCAAUUUUUUGUAAAUUUCAAUAGUUGUAGAGAAAAGCCUUUAUGAUUUUCAGAAGAAAAAUAUCUAUCUAGAUCCCCCGAAAAUCAAGAUUCUUCCAGAAAUGGUGAAAUUUGCGCUGAAAUCACUGAAAAGUUUUGAAAAUAAAUAAUAUCACGGUUUUCAGCGCAAAAUUCUGAUUUAGAAAAAAUUUUCCUAAAAAAUAUACUGUUUCAAAAUUUAUCUAUGAAUUUGUUCAAAUUUUUGGAAACUUGAUAUUGCCUUGGUUAAUCCUGAAAAUCACUGAAAAUUGCUGAAAAUUAAUCAUUUCAUGAUUUUCAGCACACAAUUUUGACGGCAAUUUUCAGUGAUUUUCAGAAAUGCUUCGGGAAGUUGAGAGAAGUUUCUGAAAGUCAAAAUUUCAGCAUUUUCAGCCCAGGAGAAGCUGAAAUUGGGCUGAAAAUCGAAAUUUUUGAUGUUAGGCUGAAAUUUUCAGAAAUGCUUCGGGAAGUUGAGAGAAGUUUCUGAAAGUCAAAAUUUCAGCAUUUUCAGCCCAGGAGAAGCUGAAAUUGGGCUGAAAAUCGAAAUUUUUGAUGUUAGGCUGAAAUUUUCAGAAAUGCUUCGGGAAGUUGAGAGAAGUUUCUGAAAGUCAAAAUUUCAGCAUUUUCAGCCCAGGAGAAUCUGAAAUUAGGUUGAAAAUCGAAAUUUUUGAAGUUUGAUUCAAACUUUCAGAAUUUGCUAGGAGACUUCUGAAAAGUGUGUGACGAGAUGAUUUUUCGGAUUUUAAGACAGGAAAAGCUGGAGGCUGGCUGGAAAUAAGCUGAAAAUUGAAGGUUUGAUUCUGGUCUCAAAUUUUUAUAAUUGGUUCGGGGAAUUGAGAGAGGCAGCUGAAAAUAAACAAUUGAAAUUUCUGAUGAGAGUUAAAAAUUUUCAACCCAGUUCGCGGUAGUUGGGAGAAGCUUCAGAAACUGCCGAUUUCUUUCUGGAUUGUCAGUCGGGACAAAGUUGAAAAUCGAAAGUCAGGCUAAAACUUCGAGAAUAGUAAGGGGAAAUUCCUAAAUGUGUUAGGAAAAAUUCUCAAAGCUAGGAAAAAUUCUGAAAUGAAUUUUUCCCGGUUUUUUUAGCCAGAAGAAGUUAAAAAUUAUCUGAAGUUCGAACUUCAGCAUUUUUGUAGAAAGAGACACGGGCUCAGCCAUAACUACUGUUUCCUGCUGAACGUGGGCAAUUUUGCAACGAUAGGUUUUUGCGAUCCUCGGGAAAUCGUAUGCCGUCAUGCCGCGUUUAUGGGCUUUUCGCGUUCACUCGGCGCUCAGAAAAUCUUUAUUUCCUGAGUUCUGAGCGUCGCGUAAACGCCAAAAGCCUCUAAACGCGGAGUAGCACGCUUGCGAUUUCCUGAGGAGAAGCAGAUUUCUAGAGAUUUUUCGUCUAUUCAUCAAUUUUAUUGUUUGAUUCAGCCGCUGUCGUAUUGGCUAGUUGAAUUUUCGCUAGUUCGAAUCGCAACUGAAUUCUAAUUCUCUUUCUGUUCUCAACCUCUGCUCCCGGUCCGACAGACCUGCCGGCUGCUUCAGGCUUGAACUUUCUCUGCAACCGGAAAGUUUGGCGGGUCCUACAACGAUCGAUAAAAUCUAUGAUACGUGGACCUUUCAACUAGCGAAUGGGAAUUUUCGGAUCUGAAGGAUCUGAAGGUUCAAAGAGCACAACUUCUGCCUCUGAUGUUACUGUUCAGCAAAGUUUUAGAUUUAGAACCUGCCGAUCCUUCUUCUGAUGUAGUUAAACAUUGGUUGACUCCGAUUCGGAAGUUGCUGAUUGGGGUGAUUUUUCUCCGAGUGAUUCAGUAACAUCAGAGGCAGAAGUUGUGCUCUUUGAACCUCCAGAUCCUUCUUCCGAAGUUAUAGCCGAUAUUCUGUAGAUACUCCUGUCGCCGAAUUUGAAAUCUAGCGAUUUUUCGGUUGGAACUAUGCUCGCUUUUUUAAACUGGAUCUUCUCCAGGAUAAUCUAAUGAUCCUUCUUCAAAACUUUUUGUUGUGAUGGGUUGUUUAAAAAAAAAUUCCCAUUCGCUAGUUGAAAGGUCCACGUAUCAUAGAUUUUAUCGAUCGUUGUAGGACCCGCCAAACUUUCCGGUUGCAGAGAAAGUUCAAGCCUGAAGCAGCCGGCAGGUCUGUCGGACCGGGAGCAGAGGUUGAGAACAGAAAGAGAAUUAGAAUUCAGUUGCGAUUCGAACUAGCGAAUUCAACUAGCCAAUACGACAGCGGCUGAAUCAAACAAUAAAAUUGAUGAAUAGACGAAAAAUCUCUAGAAAUCUGCUUCUCCUCAGGAAAUCGCAAGCGUGCUACUCCGCGUUUAGAGGCUUUUGGCGUUUACGCGACGCUCAGAACUCAGGAAAUAAAGAUUUUCUGAGCGCCGAGUGAACGCGAAAAGCCCAUAAACGCGGCAUGACGGCAUACGAUUUCCCGAGGAUCGCAAAAACCUAUCGUUGCAAAAUUGCCCACGUUCAGCAGGAAACAGUAGUUAUGGCUGAGCCCGUGUCUCUUUCUACAAAAAUGCUGAAGUUCGAACUUCAGAUAAUUUUUAACUUCUUCUGGCUAAAACCGGGAAAAAUUCAUUUCAGAAUUUUUCCUAGCUUUGAGAAUUUUUCCUAACACAUUUAGGAAUUUCCCCUUACUAUUCUCGAAGUUUUAGCCUGACUUUCGAUUUUCAACUUUGUCCCGACUGACAAUCCAGAAAGAAAUCGGCAGUUUCUGAAGCUUCUCCCAACUACCGCGAACUGGGUUGAAAAUUUUUAACUCUCAUCAGAAAUUUCAAUUGUUUAUUUUCAGCUGCCUCUCUCAAUUCCCCGAACCAAUUAUAAAAAUUUGAGACCAGAAUCAAACCUUCAAUUUUCAGCUUAUUUCCAGCCAGCCUCCAGCUUUUCCUGUCUUAAAAUCCGAAAAAUCAUCUCGUCACACACUUUUCAGAAGUCUCCUAGCAAAUUCUGAAAGUUUGAAUCAAACUUCAAAAAUUUCGAUUUUCAACCUAAUUUCAGAUUCUCCUGGGCUGAAAAUGCUGAAAUUUUGACUUUCAGAAACUUCUCUCAACUUCCCGAAGCAUUUCUGAAAAUUUCAGCCUAACAUCAAAAAUUUCGAUUUUCAGCCCAAUUUCAGCUUCUCCUGGGCUGAAAAUGCUGAAAUUUUGACUUUCAGAAACUUCUCUCAACUUCCCGAAGCAUUUCUGAAAAUUUCAGCCUAACAUCAAAAAUUUCGAUUUUCAGCCCAAUUUCAGCUUCUCCUGGGCUGAAAAUGCUGAAAUUUUGACUUUCAGAAACUUCUCUCAACUUCCCGAAGCAUUUCUGAAAAUUUCAGCCUAACAUCAAAAAUUUCGAUUUUCAGCUCAUUUUCAGCUUUUCCCCAGCUUCACCUUGCUCAAAAUGCUGAAACUCCCACUUUCAGAAGCUUAUCUGAAAGUUGUUUGGGUCACCCAACGCGCGCAUCAAAAAAAAGAAGAAAUUUUCUAUGCAGAAACUAACCUAGGUCAACGUUGCUUAUCCUGCCAGAUCGGACGACUUAGCGCACAAGGAGUAUCAAUCUACUCAGGUCCCCUAGAUCGAUUCCUGCCGCCCGUUUUUUCUUUUUUUCUGAUACUUCCGGAUUUCAGUUUUUUGCCGCGCAACAUCGCUUUUACUAAGUCGACUAUGCUCUUUCAGAUGAAAUACAAUUAUUUUUUCGUGUCGCCCCCCCUUUAAACACUCUCUAUAGAGAUUUUUUUUCAAAUUUUUCAAAACUCGAUUGUGAAACUAUUUCUAGCCCAGAAUUUUGCGCUGAAAAUCACUGAAAAUUGCCGAAAAUCAAUAAUUCCACGGUUUUCAGCGCAAAAUUUUGAUCUAGAAAAAUUCAAGAAAAAUUUACGUUUCAAAAAAUCUGUAUAUUUUUCGAACAAUUUUUAGAAUUCGAUAAUAUUUGCGGUUUUGGAGCAAAUAAAAAUUCAAGAAAUAUUCACUGUUUCAAAAAUUCGUUAUAAAUAUUUCAAUUUUUUGUAAAUUUUAUUAGUUGUAGAGAAAAAGCUUUAUGAUUUUCAUUAUAAAAAAAUAUCUAUCUAAAUCUUUUGAAAAUCAAAAUUCUUCCAGAAAUGGUGCCGAAUGGUAUCGUCUUCGUUCCUCGAUCCAACAAGCAAUGAUGCGUCCGCAAUCCGUUCAAACCUACCUUCCAUUCUCCGAAAAAGUCGCCAACCAACUAAUCCAACACAUUUCCGAGCAACCGGGCCGAGUUGACAUGCGAAAAAUCGCCGGAAGAUGGUCCCUCGAAUCAGCCGGUCAAAUAUUAUUCGAAAAAAGUUUGGGAUCUUUGGGUCAAGAGAAAUUAUGGGCGGAUAAAUUGGUGCAAUUGAAUCGGGAAAUUUUCCAACUCUCUGCAAAAAUGCGACUAGGAUUCCCGAUUUUUCGAGUGAUUUCGACCAAAAAUUGGAGAAAAAUGGUUGAUUUUGAGGACAGAUUUUAUGCCGAAGUUGACAAACUCAUGGAUCAAGCGCUAGAUAACCUAAAGAUCCUUAAGGACCCUAAGGACAACCUUAGAUUCGCUAGCUAUUUAAUUAAUCAAAAAGAAUUAACACGCCGUGAUUGUAAAGUGAUACUUCUCUCAAUGUUUUCUGAUGGACUUAGCACAACUGCUCCAAUGCUUAUUUAUAAUUUGUAUAAUCUUGCGAAACAUCCAGAAGCUCAGGAGAAAAUUCGAAAUGAAAAUGGGUCGAAUAAAUACCUUAAGGCGUGUAUUAAGGAGACAUUUAGGAUGUUUCCGAUUGGAACGGAGGUUUCGAGAGUUUUGCAACAGGAUUUGGUUUUGGGUGGAUAUUUGGUGCCCAAAGGGACUGCUGUUGAUAUUAAUACGAAUGUUUUGAUGAGGUGAGGCGGAUUUUUGGAUUCUCUGAGAAAUUUGGGAUUUUUUGACACUCAGCAUGAUAGGGGUUUGAGGAAUUCUGAAAAAUUUCAGAUUUUUAGGGUUUCAGAAGUUUCAGUCUAGGAUUCCUGGGUAAUGUCAGAAGUUGUAGACUGGAUUUUUGGAUUCUUCAUGAAAUUUGGGAUAUUUUGACACCCAACAUGAUAGGGUUUUGAAGAAAUUAAAAAUUUUAGGGUUUCAGAAUUUUCAGCCCAGGAUUCCUAGUGAAUUUCAGAUGUUCUAGGCUGGAUUUUCAGAUUCUUCGUGAAAUUUGGGAUUUUUUGACACCCAAUAUGAUAGGGUUUUGAGAUUUCUGAAAAUUUUCAGAUUUUAGAGCUUCAGAAUUUUCAGCCCAGGAUUCCUGGAAAUUUCAGAAGUUCUAGACUGGAUUUCCAGAUUCCUCGUGAAAUUUGGUGAUUUUUAGACACCUAACAUGAUAGUGUUUUGAGAAUUUUGAAAAUUAUAGAUUUUUGAAAUUUUCAGCCUAGGAUUCCUAAGGAAUUUCAGACGUUCCAGACUGGAUUUUCAGAUUCUCUAGGAAAUUUGGGAUUUUAGACAUCCAACAUGAUAGCGUUUUAAGAUUCUGAAAAUUAUUGAUUUUUGAAAUUUUCAGCCCCAGUUUCCUAGGGAAUUUCAGAAGUUCUAGACUGGAUUUUUGGAUUUUUCAUGAAAUUUGGUGAUUUUUGACACCCAACAUGAUAGGAUUCUGAGAAUUUUGAAAAGUUUCAAAUUUUCAGGGUUUCAGAAUUUUCAGCCUAGGAUUCCUGGGGAAUUUCAGAAGUUCUAGACUGGAUUUUCAGAUUCUUCAUGGAAUUUGGGAUUUUUAGACAUCUAACAUGAUGGGGUUUUGAGAAUUUUGAAAAUUAUUGAUUUUCGAGGGCUUCAGAAUUUUCAGCCCCAGUUUUCUGGAAAGUUUCAGAAGUUCUAGACUGGAUUUUUGGAUUCUCUGUGAAUUUUGGGAUUUUUAGACACCGAGCAUGAUAGGAUUCCGAAUGAAUUUUUUUAAAAUAAUUUUUAGGGCUUCAGAAUUUUCAGCCUCGGCUUCCUGGGAAAUCUCAGAAGUUCUAUGCUGGAUUUUCAGAUGCUCUGUAAAAUUUGAUAAUUUUAGACAUCCAACAUGAUAGGGUUUUGAGAAUUUUAAAAAUUUUCAGAUUUUUAGAGCUUCGGUUUUUCAGCCCAGGAUUUCUAGGGAAUUUCAGAAGUUCUAGGCUGGAUUUUUAGAUUCCUCGUGAAAUUUGGGAUUUUUAGACACCCAACAUGAUGGGAUUCUGAAAAUUAAAAAAAAAUUCAGAUUCCAAAAUUUUUUUCAGAACCCAAGCGCUCUUCCAAAAUUCGCCAGAUCAAUUCAAACCAGAAAGAUGGCUCGAAAAAUCUGCCGAAAACGCUCAUCCCUUCGCAUUUUUGCCAUUUGGCUUCGGGCCAAGAAUGUGUGCGGGAAGACGUUUCGCCGAACAGGAUCUAUCGACAGUUUUGGCGAAAUUGUGCCGAAAUUUUCGAAUCUCACAUCACGGCACGCAAAUUCGCCAAAUCUAUGAGACACUUUUGUUGCCGGAUGGAAGUUGUGAAUUUGAAUUUGAGAAAAUUUGA